GUUCGUUAAUUGUCUCUACUUAACUCGUAAAAUCGUGUACUUGGUUAGAGUCUGACCAAAUAUAGUAUCAAGUAAUCUAUUUAAAUUAUUUACAAAUACAAAACAAAUGUAAGUAUUAAUUGGUGUAGUUUGACUUGUUAUUCGCUUUGUUAAUGAUCAAAAACACAUUUUCUAAAUCAUAAUAAAAUAAUUCAUUUAUAUUUUCAAUAUUUUCAUAAGUGAAUCAAACAUAGGUGAUAUAUUUAUAUAAGCAUGUUGGAAUUUUUUCUCUCUUAUAUAUUCUAUUAUCCAAAUUUACUAUAACAUAAAAACAAUGAAAUAUUCUUUAUCUAUAAUAAAGUUAUUUAUCUUUGAACUCUAACAAAUUAUCAAAUAAUUUACCAAUAAUUUUAAGUAACUCACAAGUAAUUUAUAAGUAACAAAUAGUAAAACAAGUAACUUGAAAAUCCGUCGUCUUUUAGCAAAUAACUAAAAUUGUAAAUACUCGUUUUUAAUAAAUCAAAUGCAAAUCUAAAAUUUUACUAUUCGUAUAAGCCAAACCGAAUAUUAAAUAUACCAAAAAUAACAAGUACUCGAUUUGUACCCACCUCUACUAAUAAGAUUAUCAAAUAAUUUUAGAAAAUCUCUUACAAGCAGACGCAAUCUACUCAUUAGGACUUUAUUUCUCUUAGUUGUUCAUAAUUUUUACUCCCAAGUAGAAGUGUAGAACAUAGAAAGUUAAAGUUGUCUACGACCAAAAAAGCUAAUAAUCUCACAAGUUUAUUUUACCUAAUUUUCUCUCAUGGCAAAGAAGAAGCAAAUCUAGUAUGUAGUCAAACAGGUUAAGAAUAGCAUCAUCCUCCUAUAACACUGAAAGAUGCUACUUUGACUAGCUAGCUUAUUGGUUGUUAUUUCAUUUUAAAAUAUUUUUGGGCCAAUAAUUUUUAAUACCAUUACACAGAAAAUACCAAGUUAUAUAAUUAUAUUGGUACAUAUUAGUUAAUGUUGACCAGUGACAUUUAAGAAAAUAUGACUAGUAAAACAGAGAUAACUUCUAAAAUGGAUUGAAAUUUGAAAGUGGUAUAUAUUACGUAAGAAUGAGUGUAAAUACAGAUUGCAAAAAUUAUUUCCAUACAUCACAGGAAGACAAAAUGAGUAAAAUCAACACAAAGAAAGAAAUAACCAUAUCUUCUUGGAUAUGGAUUGAAAAUGUAGCUCUGACUUUAAUUAAUUUUACACAAUGGAGAUUUUAUACCGUAAGUGUUAACGAGAGAUGAGGUUGUCUUCUCAAUAAAUAGCGUCCUCACGUCUCUGAAUCUAGCACACAGAGAUAAAAUAUCACUUGUCAGUCUAAACAAACAAAAGAAAAAUAUAUUGAUAUGGAGAACCAAGUUAUGUCUGCUGCAAGCUCUUCCGUGGCUCAACUCGAAAAAUGCAAUGACAUUAACGUGGCUGUGGAGGAGUCCAAGGAGACGGCAACGGAGAACAACAAUCCGGGACUAGGGUCUGAUUCUCAGGAAGUUGUGUCUGAAAGGAGGAGUGAGAACCCUAGUCUCGGAUCUGGUGCUGUCCCAACAGGAAACGGCUACAUUUGUCGCUUUUGCAAUAAGUGGUGGCCAACCUCUCAAAGCCUAGGUGGUCACAUGAACUCGCACACGAGGGAGCUACAGUGGGAAAGGAAGCAGAAGGAGAUGGAACAGUUCCAUCGUCAGUGGACAUUAAGUCAAUAUUCACAAGGGGGACUUGAGCCAAUACCCUCCUACAACAACUAUCCCCCGAUGCUCCCUAGAAACGUUCCUCCUUUUCCUCCACAUAGGACUACCAAUCUUCCUAGCUAUUGGUAUCCGCACGAGAAUGUAUUGAACGAGGAGGAUGUCAUCUUAAAGCUAGGAAAUGACAAUAUUGUGGAGAUUGAUGAUGAUGAUGAUGAUGCUGAUGCUGAUGCUGAUGCUGUUGAUCAGCCAGAAGAAGGGACAUCUAAGAGCUGGGGCGCUGAUCUAUCCCUUUAAGUAUUGUUUAGUUUUCAUUUUGAGGUAUCAUAUCUAUUAGAGACCUCUCUUUAUCAUAUCUAUCUAUGAAUGUUGUUUUUCUCAUUUUUUUUUUAAAUUUUAUUGUAUUCCCUUUUUCAAUAUUCCUUUCGAGUAGCAUCUCUUCUUCUUUGUUGAUUUGCUUUUUAAUCAAUUUAUGAUUCCUAUUUUCUGCCAUCUAUAUAUCAGGAGUCUUUUUAUCAUUUCGGCAGUUGUCAAAAUCCUUGGUUGAAUAUAGUUAGGGAAGUAAUUUCUACCAAUGUUAUGUCCUUUGAUUACAAACCUUUCGAUCAGAACUAUUGCUUACAUAUCUCAUAAUUUUUGAGACCUGAUCACAAUAAUUUUCGAGACCUGAUCACCAAAACUAUUUAUCCACAUAUUUCUUAGUUAAGUUAGCCGAGUUGAUAUUUUAAUGUUGAUUUAAAGAGUGCGUGAAGAAAAUUGAGUUUCAGGAUACAUCUAAUAUAUUAAAGAAAUAUUUACUCUGAGAGACACAAGUUGAGUUUACAAUAUCACUAAGAGACAUAUUGUAUAUUUAGCACACUUUCUCAUGCUAGAUUUACUAAGGUAACUCUCAACUAAGUGACAUCUUGAUCUAGAAAUCUCAUCCAACUAACCAAACUCUUUACCCAAUCCAACUAACCAAAACCGAUAUCUUAUUUUUAUCUUUUUACAAAAUCGUAAAACUUAAAAUUUUUACAAAACAGAUGAUCUUAUCUCUUCCCCUUACUUCAGAAAUCUAUCACCGGUGAGAUGAACCCUAAUUUAUUUCUCCCCCAACUUCUUCUAGAUCCAGAAAGCAAAAUCUGAAAUUGAACCCAAAUCUCGACUUUCCAAACCCACGUCUCUUUCAUUGUUCCAGAACUGGACAGCAUGAAAAUUCAGACAACCACAUUUGAACUGACAGUCUCGGAAUGGUAGCAGGAGAGAGCAACUGGGACAUGACUAAAAUCCGAACUCUGCUUCCAGCAUAUGAAACCACAAUUCUGUGUCUGAAGCCAAGUCUAACCGGGGCUCCGGAUAAGCUAGUCUGGUUAGGGACAAAAACUGGAGAAUAUACAUCCAAAUCAGGGUACUUCACUGCGAUUGUGGAUACCAAUGGAGGAAACCCCACUGAACCAGGCUUUAACUGGAAGAAGAAUGUCUGGAACCUUGAAUGUGCCCCCAAGGUUAAGCAUUGCUCCUGGAGGGUUCUGAAAGGAGCUAUUCUGGUGGGAGCCCGCUUAGUGAAGAGACACAUCGAUGUUGAUCCUAGAUGCAAGCGGUGUGGAGACAACGAAUCUAUCACUCAUCUUCUAUUCCACUGUCAAUUCGCACAAAAGGUCUGGCUCCUUUUGUGAAUGAUUGGGAAGGUAGAGGAAUAGUAGAUUUAAGGGAUAGCUGGUCAGCUCUCGUUUCCGAAAAAUGCUUACCACCAGCGGGAAUGGCUAACGGCUCCCUCUUUCCAUGGAUUCUCUGGUCACUGUGGAAAGCAAGGAAUAAAUUUGUAUUCGAAGGUUUUUCAGCCUCCCCGGAAGAUACUCUUUCGGCUGCGAUCUCGCUAGCUCGUGAAUGGAGCAACAACUGCAAACCAGAACAGUCUGCGCACAACACAAGGAAAAGCUCAGCACCUGUAACACCGGAUGGUGUCCUGACCGUUAGAACAGAUGCGGCAUGGGAUGAGAACUCUAAGUUCGCCGGAGUUGGAUGGACUAUCUUCUCGCCACCACAGAAUCAAGACUACCAGGAGACUAUGGGCUUCGUAGCUUCUCCUCUCAUGGCAGAGGGUUUAGCUUUGAGAGAAGUGGUGGUCUCUUGUUACCACCACGGUCUACGGACAGUACGAUUUAAAUCGGAUUCGGCACAACUCAUCAAGUGCAUCAACUCAGAGCUUGGAAUUGCAGAACUCCAUAGCGUGACCUCGGACAUUUUAGCUUUCGCUGCUAAGUUUGAUUUCAUCUCCUUUGUUUGGAUCUCUAGAGAGAAGAAUUUAAUAGCUGAUAGCUUGGCUAAACAUGCUUUGUCUUUGUAUGAACAUUUGGUGGUUGAGGUAGCUUUUAUUGCGCCUCACUAACCGUUUCUAUCAAAUUAAUGUGUUUCAAAAAAAAAAUAUAUCAGGAGUCUUUUUAUCAUUUCGGCAGUUGUCAAAAUCCUUGGUUGAAUAUAGUUAGGGAAGUAAUUUCUACCAAUGUUAUGUCUUUUGAUUACAAACCUUUCGAUCAGAACUAUUGCUUACAUAUCUCAUAAUUUUUGAGACCUGAUCACCAAAACUAUUUAUCCACAUAUUUCUUAGUUAAGUUAGCCGAGUUGAUAUUUUAAUGUUGAUUUAAAGAGUGCGUGAAGAAAAUUGAGUUUCAGGAUACAUCUAAUAUAUUAAGAAAUAUUUACUUUGAGUGACACAAGUUGAGUUUACAAUAUCACUAAGAGGCACAUUGUAUAUUUAGCACACUUUUUCAUGCUAGAUUUACUAAGAUAACUCUCAACUAAGUGACAUCUUGAAUUAACUAGAAAUCUCAUCCAACUAACCAAACUCUUUACCCAAUCCAACUAACCAAAACCGAUAUCUUAUUUUUAUCUUUUUACAAAAUCGUAAAAUUUUAACUUUUUACAAAACAGAUGAUCUUAUCUCUUUCCAUUACUUCACAAAUCUAUCACCGGUGAGAUGAACCCUAAUUUAUUUUUCCCCCAACUUCUUCUAGAUCCAGAAAGCAAAAUCUGAAAUUAAACCCAAAUCUCGACUUUCCAAACCCACGUUUCUUUCAUUGUUCCAGAACUGGACAGCAUGAAAAUUCAGACAACCACAUUGACGCUACUACAUAGAAGAUAAUGCAACUUGCUAGAAAUAGAAGAAUUAUACAGUAGUGUACCAAUUCCUUUGAGAUAAAUAGGGAGGCAAAGUCGAAAGAAUUUGAGAACACAUUCAGAAAACUCGAACUGUGCCUGAAGCUGUAGACAAAACAGAAGCAGCCGCCACUUCUUCAACAAAAGAAAUCCAGUCCUCGAGACUUCUAUAAGUUGAGAUUUGGAGGAGAGCAGAUCUGAAAUCAGCUUUCUUUAGACCCACGACCAAUGAAUGGUCCGUAACCGCUCGAAAGGCUAACGCCAGUGCCAUAAAGGCUGAGCUUAAAACAACUCGUUCCAUAAAGGAGGAGCAGAAGACCGGCUUGAACACCAGAGAUGAUUCACCUCUCGUGAAGAGGGAAGAUGCGGGAGUGUCUCUCUCAACCGCAAGAUCAUCACUAACACCAACAAUAUUCACCGAAGAGAUUAUAUCAAACAACAGUGAAUCGGACAAUGAGGCGUAGGUAUAGAUUUAAACUUCAAAACUACUGCUACUGAUGGCAGAAGGGGUAGGAGACCCCGUGAACUAAAAACACUCUUGAUAGUGAAAAUUGGGCUCAUGCCCAUAGUAGAGAUAGAGUACCAAUUAGGGUUUUGCAAGGGGGAGAUGAGUCACACUCGACGGAAUGCUUGCCAGAAUGCUCGCCUGAAAUCACUGAAAAUGCCCACCAGAUGUAGAGAGAGUCGGAGAGGGAUGAAACAAGUUUGCCGGUGAGCUCGGCUCUAAUCAUAGAAUAUCUAAGAUCAUCAAUAUUCCUUAUCGUAAAUGUAGUUUUAUGCAAACUGUAAUUAUUGCAAAACAUUUUGCAAAAUUUCUCACUAAAUAAUUAAUACUCAAAAAGCUAAAUAUUUUACAGCAUGUUUCAUUUUGGAAUAGAAACUAAACACACAACUAAUGAAUCGUGAAAUAUUAAAGUUCAACAAUAUCAUCAUCCUAAAUAUAUUUUUUCAAAAAUGUAAAUACUUGCAGAUUAUUUCUCUUACAAAUUUUUUAUCUUAAAACUAUAUAUAAUAUAUAUUUUAUUACAUAUUUUUGGUGAUUUUUAAAAAAAAAGAAGAGAUACCUUAAAAUUUUAAGAUAAAGUAUUGUGUACUAGUCCAGGGGCGGAACCAGAAAUUAGUUUAACAUGUGGCAUAAUUUAUAUAUAUAUAUAUAUAUGUGUGUGUAUUUAUUAAAAUAUCAAAUAUAAUUUAUUUCAUUAAAUUAUAUUUUAAAUACAUUAAUCACUAAAACAUUACAUUUAUAAAUUUCAGAAAAUAGAUCAUAUUAAAAGAAAUAAAUAAUUUUAUAAUUUUAAUAUUCCAUUUUAAGUAAUAUUAUAAAAUUAUAAAUAGAGCAUAAUAUAUUUAUUACAAAAAAAUUAUUUAUUGAUUUUAGUUUAUUUAUUUAUUUUAUUCUAAGUACUGAAAAUAUUAGUAAAAUAACUUUUAGACUAAAAUUUAAAUAAAUUAUAUUUUUGUUUUGUAAAAAGUUACAUUAGAGAAAGGAAAGAAAAGAAAACAAUUGUGAAAGAAAGUAAAAUAAUUGUAGGUAGCAAAAUGAAAGAAAAAGAGAAAGAUUAUUAAAAGUGUAGAAACAAAUUUUGAAAAAAUUCUUGGUAGGUUCGAACUGAGAGAGGGUUUGGCACCACUUAAUCGUUAGAACCACAAGAAAUACACGAUAAUGUGUUUUUUCACGUAACUAGAGACUUAUAUUAUGUAGCAUGUGGCAUAUGCCACACCCUCUCCACACCUGGAUCCGCCCAUGUGUACUACAAUAUACAAUAUGUAAAUAGAGAAAUCAAACUCCUUAUAAUAUAAAGUACUAGUGGUUUUCCGGCGCUACGCGCCGGGUUUGUCUGUUUUAUUCUUAAAUGAAUUUACAAUUUAGUUUAUGGUUUCAGUAAAGAAAAUGUGUUUAAAAAAUUUGAAGAUGAAUAUAUGUAGAAAGAGAAUGAUAUUUU